AUGGCGGCUCCCAUGAAUUUGCUUGGAGUGUUUGUCGAAGUUCGUCAACAGAUUCGUGCCGUUCAAGCCGUGCUUUGUAUUAAUACAUCAUUUACAGAUGAAGACUCUUGCCAGAUGGACACAACUGGAUCGCAGGAGCUGAGCCGACUGCAGGUGGAGAUCUGCCCUGACUCCCUCCACUUUAUCACUGCACCCGACGGAUGCCGUCACGUCUUCCCCUUGGCACCCAUCCGGAUCCUCCCCAAAUCCUGCAAUGGACUGCACUGGGUGCAGGAUGAAGGCCUCCACAUGAGGCUGCAGUUGGCAGGGUCCAGGGAAGCUGGGGACCGGCGAGAGAUGGACGAGGCCUGGGAGAAGGAGGAGCUGGGGUUCCUGAGGAGCUCCGCUUUCGUCAUCAGCUGCGGGACGUGCCGAGGGAAAGUGGUGACCGAUCCCUGUGUUUUCGACAGGGUUCUUCCUCUCCCAUCCGAGAACUGGAGAGAGAUGGCGGAGAGCUGGUGUUGCCACGGCAACGAUGUGACCCGGACGUUUGCCGGCCAGUCGCUGGCGCCGUCGGAGAAGGAUUGCCUGGUGGGGAAUCUUUACUUCCUGAUGCAUCCCAGCAUGCUUUGCAAGGACGCUUUACUGCUGGCUCCGAGAAAGGGGAAAAAACAUGUCUUCAGCAUAUCGCAAGACAAGGAUCAGACCCUGCAGUUGCAGUGCAGACGGUGCCGUUCAUCCCUUGGGGAGGCCGUCACAGGUGAGAGUGUAUGCAAAGGGAAGGAGUGGCAUUCUGUCCAUACCCUAAAGCUACUCAAGCAUAGUAUAUGCAUGCAACCACUUGAGGGAGAUGCAACACUCACUCGUAGUAAUAUAUUUAGCUCCUAUAAUACGGAAUCCUACCUUGCUAAGCAUCUAGCCUGCAUGUCCCAGAUGAACACAACAUUUAAAUUCAUUCUGGAGGAGGAGUCUAGCGAUCAGCCAUAUUUACUGCUCUGGUUGCUAAGCUCAGACACCUUAAUUCUCACCAGCGAAACUUCGCCACCUGGUCUCGCUGAUAUACGUUUCCAUGGUAACCGGCAGCGGGAGCCCCGUGAGGCAUCGCGUGUGACCAAUUGCAAGCUUGAUGAAUGUUGUUGGGAAGCUGGCGGGGAAGUCAGGACCCACGCAGUAGAAGCCCACAGGAUUGUCAAGGUGCUCUACCAAGCAUUAUGGGACGAAGGAGGGAAGCGUGCACAUCGGAACUGGAGUAAAGAUCUAUCUGUUCAGUGUAUGCCACUGCCCAAAGCCAUGUGCUUGGAACUGAUGUUGCUUUUGGAGGCCAGUAACCAGCAUACACCUGCGUCGAUGAGACACAUGAAUGGUUUCAAGGUUGGAUAUCUUCGCCUUUGAUGGAACAGAUGGACUUCAUCUUUAUCUCGUCGACUGAUUCUGUGACUUUUUGUGCUGCUGCGUUGGUUUAAAAUCUGCAGGUAAUAAUAGAACAUUUUGGGACUUUCCGUUAACUUUUAUCAUAAGAAACAACAUUUGCCUUAAUUUUGCACAUUUAGGUACGUAUUUUACCGAUUGUAGCAGUUCCACUGUGAAAUACAACACAGUGUGUUUAUUUUCUCUGCUACAGCCUACAGGUGUCACUCAGGCAUUUCAUAAAACUGGUCAUUGAUAGUCUUUGCCAGGCUGGUGUUGUAAUGAAGAGGUAAAGAUGUACGAGGUUGUUGAAUAGAAAACCAAUAGUUCCCUGAUAACGAAUGGGGAUCAGACAUAUCAGUAUCGAGCCCUUGUGUUAUGAAAUUCAGCUAUAGGCUUACUCGGGCGUAACGACGAAGAAUAUCUUAUAUAUCUCCAACGAAUACAGGAAAUAUAUUUGUGAGAAACGCGGCGCGGAGCUAAUUGAACUAUUAUCAUGAAGUUAGAAAAACCGUAUCCUGUAUCUCAUGUCCUAACCAGUAUUCGAUCAUGUGUUCCAGUAAUGUUGUAAAUUCUGUUUCAAGCAUUUGGGUGGAAGAAUUCUUUCUUCCAGCCAUUUUCCAGUCCCUUGUUUUCCCUUACACUAAUAAAACCUUUGGACGCGUCCGUAACUUGGGUUUUUCCGGCUCCCCUCCCCCACUCUUUGACUUGAGAUUUAAUUUUCCUCUCUCAGCAAUAGCGAAGUAGUCUCACAGUAAGAUUUUUUUUAAUGUCGUAUCGUGAAUUGUAUUUUUUGCUGUUACCGGAAAUAAACAAUUCGCCACCGUA